CUUCAGUGGCAACCCCAUAACUUCAUAUUACCCCCCGGGAUCGAUAUGCUUAAACAACUCGUUGCUCCAAGUAGGAGAUUGGUGCUUGCCAGAAAUGGUAUACGCUCAUCCUCAAUCAGAACGUUCGGAAACUCUCCGCCACCAUCAGCGUCAACUUUGACAUUUUUCCAAAGAGAAAGAUUACCAACAAAUACAGUAAUUAGAUUUGUUCCUCAACAAACCGCAUGGAUUGUGGAAAGAAUGGGGAAAUUCCACCGUAUAUUACCUCCAGGUAUUGCAUUUUUAAUCCCUUUUUUAGAUAAAAUUACUUACGUUCAAUCGUUAAAAGAAUCGGCAAUUGAAAUUCCUCUGCAAAAUGCAAUCACCGCAGAUAAUGUUUCAUUGGAAUUAGAUGGGAUAUUAUAUGUUAAAGUAAAUGAUCCUUAUAAGGCUAGUUACGGUGUUGAAGAUUUCAAAUUUGCAAUUAGUCAAUUGGCCCAAACAACAAUGAGAUCAGAAAUUGGUUCAAUGACUUUAGACUCGGUUUUAAAAGAAAGACAAUCUUUGAAUGCAAAUAUUAAUAAAGCAAUAAAUGAAGCAGCUAAAGAUCAUUGGGGGGUGGAAUGUUUGAGAUAUGAAAUUAGAGAUAUUCAUCCUCCCCAAAAUGUCUUGGAAGCAAUGCAUAGACAAGUCAGUGCUGAAAGAUCAAAAAGAGCUGAAAUUUUGGAAUCUGAAGGUAAUAGACAAUCUAAAAUUAAUAUCGCUGAAGGUGAAAAACAAUCGCUUAUUUUACAAGCUGAAGCAACCGCUGAAGGUUUGAAAAAAAUUGCUAAUGCCAUUAAAGAAACCCCCGGUGGUCAUGAUGCUGUCACUUUACAAAUUGCUCAAGAUUAUAUUAAAGAAUUUGGUAAAAUUGCUAAAGAUACCAAUACUGUUGUCUUACCUUCAAAUAUUGGCGAUAUAAGUCAAUUCAUGGCAAGUGGAUUAUCCAUUUAUAAAGGUUUAAAUAAAUCUUUAAAUGCUAAUGAAAAACAAGAUUGAAAAA